AUGAUGAUUAAUGCUAUCAAGAAUCCAAUUGGAUGUUUCAAGAACAGUUUCAACAACUUUGAGUUGCAAAAAGAAGCAGAAUUACUCAAGAAUCAAUCCCCUUCAAAUGUCUACUACCCCAACACCAGAAACAACAACAAUCUUCUCAUCAGUACUACUAAUUACUCAUAUCCAUUGACAAACACUUCCUUCAAUACCAAUACCAAUACCAAUACCAAUACUACUAAUAGUGCUAAUGAUAUUUCAUACUUGUUCCAACAAGAAGAUCACUUCAACACUACCAAUACUACUACUACUACAGAUAAUCUCAACAACAGCAACACCAAUCCUCUUUACCCAUACUGCUCUUCUUACUCAUCAUAUACCAAUGAUUAUGAUGAUGAUUAUAGACCUAUAUUGUCUACAUUCUCAUCAUUACCUGUUGAUAAUGAAGUCAUGAUCCCAUUUAAUGAUUAUGAGUUCAACACACCUGCUAGUACUUACACCCCAAGCCUUAAACGCCAAAGACCCUGCGUCGAUCCGCUUCCGAGUUUUCCUCCUUCGGAUCAUUUUGCAUUCAACAACAAUGAUGGGUGCUAUUCCAAUCCUAUGAGUAACUGUUGCUGCCCAAAUUCUCAGGUGGAUCAAUUUUUGCUUCCAUCGCCAACUAAUACUACCGGCACCACUACUACUGCUAAUGAGGUUUCAAUUGCACAACCGGCUUACGCUAACUAUGGAGGUGUCGGUUUUGUUGAGACGAGUAAUGGGAAGAAAUCUGACAGCAGGUACUUAUCGGCACAGAGUGUUGCGGCUAGAGAGAGGAGAAGAAAGAUAAGUGAGAAAACGCAGCAACUUGGGAAGUUGGUUCCUGGUGGAAGUAAACUGAAUACAGCUGAAAUGUUUCAUGCUGCUUACAAGUAUAUCAAGUUUUUGCAAGCUCAAAUUGGUGCUCUUGAAUUCAUGGGCUCAGUUCAGGAAAAUAAAAUGGAUUGUUUAACGCCACAUCUGGGAGUUCUAUUGGCAUCAUUACCCAUCCAAGAGAAGUUGUAUGCUGAGGAAAAGUGUUUGGUCUCGAGUCGCUGCGGUGAAAUUAUGCGCAUGAAUUAG